CACAAGCAGCCAGUUCGAUAUUUUCAGUGUCGCGAAAAAGUUGUAAACACAGUGCUCCUCGCAGAUAAAUUAGGCUGUUUUAUUUUAAUCCUUCGUUGGAUUUUGUCCAAUCACCACACCCUGUUCAUCCCGAGCUUGCCGCCGAUCCGAUAGCAAAAACAUCGGCGCUGGAGGAGCAAUCGGAGAGCACACCACUCUAGGGAGAGGCUUAUGGAAACCGCAGCAGAUUUCUUCAAUGAACAUCCGGGCGAUCCGGACGGUCCCGGUGGUUUGGGUGGUGGAUUGGUCGACGACGGCUCCACGACGACACGAACUCGCGAAGAGCUGGGCGACAUGACAUUUUUCAUGUCCAACUACGCCAAGGAAGCCUUGAAGAUGAUGUUCAUGAUGCGUUCGCACCACAUGCUAACGGAUGUCACGUUGGAGGUUGAACAGGAAACGUUCCAAGCCCACAAAGUGGUUCUGUCGGCAGCGAGUCCCUACUUUAAAGCCAUGUUCACCGGUGGGCUAAAGGAGUGCGAAAUGUCUCGGGUGAAGCUGCAGGGGGUGUGUCCUACGGCGAUGGCUCGAAUUUUGUUUUUCAUGUACACUGGGCAUAUCCGGGUGACGGAGGUGACCGUUUGCCAGUUGCUUCCAGCCGCUACAAUGUUCCAGGUUCCGAACGUGAUAGAAGCGUGUUGCGCUUUUCUGGAACGGCAACUUGAUGCCACGAAUGCGAUAGGAAUUGCAAACUUUGCCGAACAACACGGUUGUGAAGCUUUGAAACAGAAGGCCAACCAAUUCAUCGAGCGCAAUUUUACUAAAAUCUGCCAGGAAGAAGAGUUUCUGGAACUAUCUGUGAUACAGUUGAUUGCGCUUAUCCGAAAGGACGAACUAAAUGUGCAGGGCGAGCGAGACGUUUACGAUGCUGUGCUUAAGUGGGUCAAGUAUGACGAAGACAACCGGUACCCGAAAAUGGAGCACAUUUUGUAUGCCGUCCGGUGUCAGCUGUUGCCACCUAACUUUCUCAAAGAACAAAUGAAGACGUGCCAAGUGCUACGUCGAGCGCCAGCCUGUCGGGAGUAUUUAGCCAAAAUCUUCGACGAUCUUACUUUGCACAAAAAGCCGCAAGUGAAGGAACGCAAACCAAACACGACUCGUAUGAUUUUUGUGGCCGGUGGAUAUUUUCAUUACUCGCUGGACAUGCUCGAAGGCUACAAUGUGGAUGACAAGGUGUGGAUAAAGCUACCCAAGUUGACGGUUCCUCGUUCAGGGCUGGGGGCAGCCUUCUUGAAAGGGACGUUCUAUGCUGUAGGUGGAAGGAACAAUUCGCCUGGAUCAUCGUACGAUUCCGAUUGGGUUGACCGGUACAAUCCUAUUUCGGAAACGUGGCGUCCCUGUUCACCCAUGUCGGUACCCAGAAAUCGAGUGGGUGUGGCCGUCAUGGAUGAGCUCCUAUAUGCCAUAGGAGGCUCAGCAGGAUCGGAAUAUCACAACACAGUAGAAUACUAUGACCCGGACCUGGAUAGAUGGAGCUUGAUCAAACCCAUGCAUUCCAAACGACUGGGCGUAGGCGUUGCCGUCGUCAAUCGGCUGCUGUACGCCAUCGGAGGGUUCGAUGGACGCGAGCGACUGGCUUCGGUCGAAUGUUAUCACCCAGAAAACAACGAGUGGAUGCUGUUGCCGCCGAUGAAGUACGGCCGUUCGGGUGCGGGCGUUGCAGCACUCCAUCAGUACAUCUAUGUGGUCGGCGGAUUCGAUGGUACACGGCAGUUGGAUUCGGUCGAGCGUUACGAUACCGAGGCCCAGCAAUGGGAACUGGUGGCGCCAGUUCGAAUUGCCAGAAGUGCAUUGACGUUAACCGUGCUUGAUGGAAAACUGUACGCCAUGGGUGGCUACGAUGGUCAGAACUUUUUGGCCAUCGUCGAGGUUUACGAUCCAACAACAAACGCUUGGGAGGAAGGGACUCCACUUACUUCGGGACGGAGUGGCCAUGCUUCUGCGGUUAUUUAUACGCCUUCCUGUAGAACAAGUUACACGGAAAUUCAAAAUAUAGGAGAGACCAAAGGCCACCAGGAGAAGGAUCCCGACAACGGAAGUGAUUUUUUCGGUAGUCAGCGUAUGGAAUGUGAAGCGUCAAGCUCUCGAAGUUUAAAUUCAAAUGGAGGAAAUAACGUAGGAGGUUAUCGCAGUCACUGUGAAAUCAUAGACGACCCUAUGUUCCUACAAGAAAACAAUGUGCAUGGUGAUAAGGAGCUAAUGCAGGCUAUGGCCGUCAAUGUAAACCAGUCAUGUUCCGAUAUGGAUCAAACAGAUAGUGGAAGUGAGACGAGCGGUUGUGCCUAUGCUAUCGAAACCGAUUCUAGUCAUUGCGAUGAGUGUGAAGAUGACGGUGAUGGGUCAAUUUCUUUAGACCAACCUCUGCCGCCUUUAAUUCCCUUGCACUGCGUCUUGCCAGUCAAGAAAGAUCUCAAGUUCACAGACACAUGUAUAACAUUAUCCAGAGCCCAAUGUAAAGCUAAACGAAAAGCCUCUAACGGUUGGAACGAAGAAAAUUGCCCUUUGAUUCGUCUGAAGCGACAAAUUACUUGCUUCGUAUCGUCUAUCGUUUCACCAUCUCAAUCAAACCAUUGCCUUACUGGUGCUGUAGAUACUCGAGAAUUGCAGGAGCAAGCGCCGUCAACAUCUUCAAAUUCGCUACCAUGUAGCAACAUUUGUUCAGAUUCAGAGAAUUCAGAAACCACUACUAGCCAGCAGCAAGCCGACAGCACCAAGUGUUUUCUCUCGAGUUGGCAACAUACAAGGCGAAGCUCUUGAUACGUUACUGCUUUAGACAAUAGUUUACUAUUAACAUUCUUGCCAAGACAAGCAAGUAAAAACAAAAGGCCAAUUUGCAUUCAAAAAUAGAAUUCCUUUAUCAGGCGCAAAUUUGAACCGAAACAUUCCUCCAAUUGGUAAUUACAGUAAUUGAAUGCACGGUAGUUAGUACGAAUUUACUAAAAAAAAAAACAAGAAAAAGUCGUCGAAUUAGUGAUAGACAUUAAAAGUUGAAACACAAUCAGAAGAACUAAUCUUAUACUAUGUAUAAGUUUAGUUUGUUUUGCAGCACUUGUACUAAUUGUGUGUAACCAAUUUUAAUGACUUAUUCAGAACCUGAGAGUUUUAUCGAAAUAGUGGCUCUCAACUGUAAAAAUAUUUUUCUUCGAUAAGUUUUAUUCUUUCUUUUGUUGUGUUUACGCGUUAGGAAGGUCAGAAAUUAUAAAAAUAUAUUGUAAAUAAAACUAUG